UAGGAACAUACGAGCAUAUGUACUCAUACACGCCGCCAAAACCCGCUUGCAUGAUGCUGCUCGUAGAGAGCGACAUAAUUGUGUUUACUUAUCCGCAACAAAGUGGAAGGCGAUGGCCGAGGAAACUGAAGGCACGACACCGUCGUCCUUGGACGUGGAGAAGAUCAACAGCGGCGUCCGCUUCUUGGGGCAUCCAGAUGUGCAGGCGACGCCCUUGUCGGAGCGCCUUGCUUUCUUGGAGAAGAAAGGCUUGAGUAGGGCGGAGAUCAAUGCCGCCAUAGAGAAGCACCAGCAAGCGAUGCCUUUGGCGGUCGCUGAACCAGCCCAAUCGCUGACAUCGCUCGCGUGGUCGAUCUUGUUUCCAGCAAUCAGUGCUGCCACGUUAAUGGGGGUUCUUUGGCGAUUCUUGCGAAACGACGACGACACUGCGACAGGUUCUGGAAGCAGCAGGGACUUGGACCAUCAAGGGGUACCUGCCAAGUCGCCGCUGCAGGUCGCCCUGGACACCCAAACUGAAGAACUUCGCAAAGUUGUCCAUCUCCUGCAAGAAGAAACCAAGUCUCGGCGCAUGCAGUCCGUCGAGCAACUCGAGCACGCUCGUGAGAUUGCCAGGCUUCACGCGGAAAUCGCAGCGCUAAAGUUAAAGUUGGCAACCGGCGAUGACGACUCCAUCAACCCGAAAGCUCCAGAGACGUCCACAGGUCAUCCAGCCCCCCCCGACGGCAAACUCGCUGAAGUUGCUCAUGGGAAGAGCACUGAAGAAGCCUUUCAAGCCCAAGUGCAUACGUUCUUAGAAGCGCUUCGUCUGGUGGAGGCAGAUAACUCGACCGAGGUGAUUCAACAUGCUGCCGCGGUGCUGGUCAUGUACACAAAGAACCUGGUGGAGCACCCCGGCGUACCGCGCUACCGACGCAUUGCGAUUGGAAAUGCCAACUUUAAGCUCAAAAUCGAACCUCUUGUGCACUACGACGCGCUGCUCUCGAGCAUUGGCUUUGACAAAGCGGGCACCAACUACUUGGAGUGGAAGUGGCACGCCGCCCCUGUAUACAACACGCACGUGGCCAUCUUGAAGGCGGCAAUUCACGCAUUUGAACAUGCCGCGACGUCGUGUUCGCUGGUGGACAGUGCGCGGCGCCAUCUGCAGUCGUCCAGGGAAGCCCCGCCGACCGCAUCAUCCGACCAAGAGGUGCAGACGGUGGUACCCGCCGAGCACAACAAUCUCGCGUCGUUCUUGGACAAGUUGAAGCCCAAAGUCGACGUUGAACCCACGACUGAGGGAGAAGCCACAACAGCACCGACAUUCCCGCCGACAUUCAGUGAAGUUGCCAAGAUGGUCCAAAACGGAGACACGGUUCCAGGCAUCCGCGAGAUCGAAGACAAACUGUCGAGUGACACGGACAAGAUCUUGAGCGCUGCCACGGCGGCGGCGUCACAGCAAGCAGUGGUCGCCAAGCCUUGGAACAGCCCGUCGUAGCAGUAGUAGUACUAGUAGUAAUACUAGAUGCGGUCGUAAAUGGUAAUGAGGAUGGCACGGCAGACGCUCAAAAACAACUCCCAGCUCGCGAGCAACAGCUGUCGCGUGUCGUCAGCGUUUAAAUACCACACGUCCACUGCCCCCAGCGAACUAUAUGGCAAAACAUAAAUAUGUAUAUAUUCAUAGAAUCU